AUGUUCGGACAAACCGCUAUUCUCACCGCCGCGCUCGCCCUCGCACCCGCCGCCAUUGCCCAGGUAUCUGAGGGCUUCGAGAGUGGAUGGGAUCAGACUGCGUGGCCCACAUAUGCUCCAGACUGUAACCAGGGUGGCAAAGUUACUCUGGACACCACAACAGCGCAUACCGGAAAGAACUCUAUCCGCGUUGAUGGAGCUGGAGGAUAUUGCGGUCACAUCUUCGUUGGUACUUCCAAGGUCCCUAGCGGCGAUGUUUACGUCAGGACGUGGUUAGGCCUUGCUGACUUCGCAUCCAGGAAAGCCUCCAAGGCCUUCACAGACUCUCACGUCUCCUUCAUUACCAUGGAUGAUUCUGCUCAAGCGAAAGGAAAGCAUCUCCGUAUCGGUGGUCAAUCCAAGAUCUUGAUGUACAACCGUGAGAGUGAUGACGCUACAUUGCCCGACCUUUCUCCCCAGGGUAUCGCAGCCUCAACGGCACUUCCCGCCAACACCUGGACCUGCUUCGAGUACCAUCUCGGCACUGACGGCUCCAUCGAGACCUGGCUCAACAACGCCACCGUUGCGGGCCUCACCUCCAAGCCUGGUGUUUCAAACCCUAACGCGGCACAGUGGCAGAGGAGUACCGUCAAGCCGAAGAUUACGAACGUGAACUUUGGGUGGGAGUCAUACGGAGGCGACACUAACACCUUCUGGUACGACGACAUUGUCGUCAGCGCUAGCCGUGUUGGCUGCUAG